UAAGUCCCCCACUCGAAAGAAACUACCUGACGCAAAAAACAAUACCGAAGAAAAGGUUCACCAAAAUGCCAAUUUAUAGAAUUGCAAUUGGAACACCGGGAGAAGCCAGCCACCCGGAUGCUUUAAGGGCCGCACUGGCGGAGUUCUUCUCCAUGCUUAUCUUCGUUUUCGCCGGAGAAGGAUCCGGCAUGGCUUUCAACAAGCUAACAGACAAUGGAUCAACGACACCGGCUGGACUAGUGGCAGCAUCAUUGGCUCACGCAUUUGCGCUCUUCGUGGCGGUGUCGGUUGGUGCAAACAUUUCUGGUGGUCAUGUAAACCCUGCUGUGACCUUUGGUGCAUUCAUUGGAGGAAACAUAACAUUGUUGAGGGGGAUUUUGUAUUGGAUUGCUCAGUUGCUUGGCUCUGUUGUUGCUUGCUUGCUACUUAAAUUCGCAACCGGUGGAUUGGAAACAUCAGCAUUUUCGCUCUCAUCUGGUGUGUCUACUUGGAAUGCACUCGUUUUCGAGAUCGUCAUGACUUUCGGGUUGGUUUACACAGUUUAUGCCACAGCAGUUGAUCCAAAGAAAGGAGAUGUAGGCACUAUUGCUCCAAUUGCAAUUGGUUUCAUUGUGGGUGCUAACAUUUUGGCUGGUGGUGCUUUUGAUGGUGCAUCCAUGAACCCAGCAGUUUCCUUUGGACCUGCUGUGGUUAGUUGGACUUGGACUCACCACUGGGUUUACUGGCUCGGUCCACUCAUUGGUGCUGCUAUUGCUGCCAUUGUCUACGACAACAUUUUCAUUGGCGACAACACUCACGAGCCACUCCCAAACAAUGAUUUCUAAGGAAUUCCAUCCCAAUAAAAUUUCUGUUUUUGUCUCCUUGUUUAGAUUGAGAGACUAAAACUGGGGUCUUAAAUACAAUUGUUGCAGUAGUGAUGAACAAGUGGAGGAAGAUCGAUAGGAUUUGUUGUAAUUUUCUCUUACUUGGUGAAAAUUUUUCUUUUGUUGAGUCAGUUGAAUUGUCUCUUAAUUUCAGUCAUUUAGUUGAGAAACUCUUGUUGCGUAGUGCAUUUUCUUUGGUAAUGAGCAACCAUCCAACCGAGCA